UAGACAUGUCUUAGGGGCGUUAUCUGACGAAGUACUCAUAUUGCGAAAAAGAAGUAUGAGCAAAACAGACGACUCUCCAAUAAUACUGAAGAUGUAUCCAUCAUGAACGAACUGUAGAGUUUUUGUCCUGCCCACGUGUGUAAGUAUUGUGAAAAAUCCGGUUGAACGUCCUAUGCCAAAACGCGUAUGCUACCUCUGCUGUAUUGGCCACUGUCUGAUGUGAAAUGUCCAUUCCUGUUCAACCAAAAGGCGGUCCAAGGAAUACAAUUAGACUGGCAAAUAAUAAUGAUAUUGAGGAAAUUAUUCGGCUGACAAAGGAGGAAGAAUCACUUAUUAGGCAGCCGAUUCCACUAUCAGGUGAACGUUUGAGGCAAAUCAUCAGCGAUUUCGAGUGUUUAGUAGUCGAGCAGACAGAGUUACAACAAGGUUCACCCGUCAGACUUAUUGCAUUCCUCCUAUUUCACCGUGGCUCCCCUUCGUUGACGGAUCAUUCAUCAGUAUUCCAGGAUCUCGUUGUUCCGGUUGAAUACAGACAAAAAGAAAUAGAAGCAAUAUGUGUAUUGGAAAGGGUUUCCAAGAUAUCGUCGGAGGCCAAUUACAGCUACAUGAGUUGGUGGGUAGAUGACUGGAAUACAGCAGCGACCACCUUAUACAAACGGAUAACUCAUCGCGCGCCCAGUGACACUCAUCCGAGUCAACACUCCAUUCAAACUCCAGCAAAUAAAGCUAAAAACAAACCAAAACUAUGACAGUGCAGUGUAGCGUAAAAAUGCCAUACGUAUUUAUUAACGCACGUGUAAACCAGAUACAUGCUCUUGUCAAAUACUACUGCUAGAUACCUUCAAUAAAAUGAAAUAUUUUAUAGAUUUUUGUUUAUUUGGUCGCAAGUGGUUUAACGUACUCGCCACGUGUAAGGCUUUGCAAAGACGGGUGUCUAAUGCAACACCAUCGGAACGAACGAGUAGAUAAGAGAAAGGAGAACAGAUCCAUUAUGAUUUCUUUAAUGUCCUUUAGUAGAAGACAAAUAAGAAAACCCUUCGACUCUACAGAGGCCAAACUCAUAUAACCAAAGUCUUCUUUGUUUUCUCUGUCUCUCAAAAAUGUAAAGUGAGUAUAACGUUGAUUGUUUUGAUUUCUUAAAAAGACAAUUAUCUUGUUUCCAAUACGACUGUUCUCUCAUUGCUUAUAACGGAUUCUUCAUUCCUUCCUGUAUUGGGAUUCCUUUACAUAGCUGUUUAAACAUUUCGGGAACAUUUAUAAGCAGCUGCCACCACUGGACCCUCGACAAUGCCCCAAUGUGCGAUGAUAAACCGGUCGUAUUCACGUGGAGCAUGACGGAUGUUA